UCAAUCACAGCGUGUGUGUCCAUGUCCCUGCCUGGGCUGAGCCUGUCACGUUCCCAUCACGGGGCUCCAAGGAGGCCCUCAAGCGCAAGUGCGAGGAUCCCGCCCACACAGAGAGGCCCCCAGAGACUCUCUGAGGUGCAGGGCACCGUGGGCAGCCCCGGACGCCCCCGUCAGAGGCCACCCCCCAACCCAGCAUCUGCCUGGCCAAAGCCCCAGGGCCAGCCUGCGAUGACGAGGACUGUGGGUACAGCAGGAUGGGGCGUGUGGGGACGGGCUGGGGCCGGGUUGGGACCCCAGAAUCCUCUCGGCCCUGCUGGAGGAGGCCAAGGGCCAGAGGAGCCCCUCCUAACUCCUACCACCAGGCAGUCCUCCGGCUCCUGGACUGGUUGGACAGGUUUUUGUGUUUGGCCUGGGUGGGGUGAGCUUUCAGUGGGGGCACACCUGAGUCCCCAUGUAGUCAGGCCAGUGACAGGUCUGCCUCCACCCAGAGAUGGGUCCUGCCGUGCGGCCAGUCACCAGGGCUCAGGAGAGGCCCGGCACCAGGACCUGUCUGUCCUGCGAGGCCAGCUGGGCCUGCUCCCCCGGCAACGUCAGGGGGCCCAGUGCUCGCUCUUCUCGCCGGCAUCCCGGCCUCACCCCAGCACUGAGGCAAUGCCAGUGCCAAGCAGCCCUGUGCCCCACACAUCCCCCGCUGGGCCUCUAAGCUGCUCCGCUGGGUGGGAGCUGGGUCUGGCCCGGCGCCUUCUCUGCCCACCUCUGGAAGCCCAGACCUCAGAGGCAGGACAGCGGGAGCAGCGCGCAGCAGGUGUUCAGGGACUGGAUGUUUUGCGAGAAGCCAGAAAAAUGCCCCAGCUGAGGCAGAGCAGUGCCUCAGGACGCGCAGGGCUUGGUGCUGGCACGGGGGUUCCCCGCCUGGGAAGCCUCCAGCGCGGGUCCCAUCCACCACUGUGCCACCCACCUGGUCCUCUCGCUGGAGGCCUCUUGGGCUCCGUCUGCAGUGCCACACGCAGCAUCCUCCUGCUGUCUGACCCGCAGACUGACCUGCCUCCCAGACUUGACCUCAGCCCCAGGGAAGGCAGGCAGCUCAAACUCAGGCCUGGCCGGCCUUCCUGUCUGGCCUCCGGCCGCCCUGAGAGGGCGGUGCGGUUUACGCUGUCCCGAGGCAGUGGCUUCCCCAUCCCUGAAUGUCCCACAGAAGCCGCUGGCCUGUGGUGUCCCCUAGCUGGGACACCUCCCAAAGGGGCGGCGCAAAGGAGCAGAACUGUGGAAACAGUGCUCACUCUGCUUUAUUGCCUGGGCCUGGGGCCUUGAAGAGACGUGACCCCGCGGCUGCCGUCACGACAGGGGCUCUGUUUCGGGGGCCUGAGCUGAGAGGGCAGCCUUCAUGGCGGGCAGCUGUCUCUGUCCAGAGUGGGGAGCAGCCAGAGCCCAUUACAACAGCCCAGUGGCUGUCCCGACUGUCCAGGCCCUGCUGCGGCUGCCAUGCCGGGGGUCCCGAGGCAGGCUCCGUGGCCCAGCGGGGGCCGGGCUAGGAGAUGACGCAGCAGCAGCUGUGGCAACGGCAGAAGCGGGGGCAGUGGCAGCAGGAGCAGCAGGGGCAGCAGCAGCAGUGGUGGGCAAUGUCAUCCCCACGCCCAAUCGGUGGCAGCCCCGCAUAGGUCAGUCCUGACGGGCGCGGCCCACUGCCAUAGGGGUUGCUGGGCUGCUGCCAGGCCUGCUGGCCCUGGAAGGGAGCAGCACCCUUGGCACCCUUGGGCCCUGUGUUCUCCUCGGUGGGCUCCAGGGUGCAGGACCCCCCAGGCAGAGCCUGGGACUCCGGACAGAAUGGAGCCACCUCCAGCUGCUGCCCCAGCUCAGGCCGCAGGUGUGCCCUCGGGAUGCUGAUGUGGGCAAAGGGGUUCUUGACGACCAUCUCCUGGGGGUCCAUGGCCGGCCUGGCAGGGAUGGGCAGGGGAGAUGCUAUCAACUCAGUGGAGGGGACCGCCCACAGCCCUGAGCAAAGCCAGUCCGCGAAGGAAUGCGUGAGGCCCAGCGUCAGAGCCGGUGCAGGUGAGCAGAGCACAGGGAGAGCAAGGGCCGGCACCUCCCAGCUACCCCCCACCCCCACUCCCACCCCCACCUGUGUCCUGCCAUAGAGCUGGCAGCAGGGUGCAGGAGGCUGGGAGAUGGAGCUCAGCUGGCUCUGCGGGGGAGAGGCCCCAGUGCAGGGAAGCCCCUCAAGCCCAGGACCCACCUGAAGGGGUGACGGCAGCAGUCUGUCCUCCUGUGCUCUGGGUCAGGUCCCAGCACCUGUGAGCUGAGCGGCUGGCUGCUGCCUUUUCCCUCCUGGGGAGGGUGGGGCUAUGGGCGGGGCUCAGAGAUGGGGUUCCCAGGAAACAGGAGGCCCCAGCUUCUUGGGCACAGUGGCCACCCACCCUUCCUUCUCUGGAUGGGCGGGUGACCACCGCCAGGGCUCCGAGGGACAUUGCCAGCCUGGGUGAUUCAUCCUCAACGCAUCCGGGGCAUGUCCUGGCCCUCCAAGGAUCUGCAGCUCACCAGAAAGCAGGACAGGAAGCGAGCCUGGGUUCAGGCCCACAGCACGCCCCCCCCCCGGGGGGGGGCCUGCAGGUGGUCUUGCGGUCCCAGCCACCCUUCACACGCCCGAAGCCCCUGCUCUGAAGCAGAGAGUACAGGUGCUCCCUGUGACCCUGCCUCUACCUGGCAGGCAGAGAUCAAGGUGUUACAAUGUUCCGAGAUUUGCUGUUUUUUUUUUUUUUUUAAACUGAUAAAAAAAGUUUGAUUUACA